GCGAUUGCAGAAGGCCUUCGAGCCCAAGUUGCUCCUAACUCUACUUCCCGGCCUCAAAACUCCAUAUCAACGUAUCCACUCACCUCUGUUUGCGCAGCCUCUCAAGUAUCAGCGCCCUCUUCUCCUCUAGACCCUGAAAAUACCAUCACAUCAGGUUCAGGACAGUCUAGUCUGAGUAUAGCUGUAUCUGGAGCCCCAAACGGCUCAGCAAUAAUCUCUGAUUGGCCAGGAUCUGACCAGGUUAUGAAGGAAACAGGAACACGUGUCGGCUCUCCUGACCCCUUAGUCUCUACAUCCAUCUUGGCUCCCCCUUUGUCUUCUGCUCUGGCUCUCGGCCAUUGCCAGUCAGAUGCAAUUUCUGCUUCUUUAGAGGUACAUGGGGAGGCCUCUUUGAUGGACCGUCAGACGAGGACGCAUGAGAAGGAAGAGCGCAAUCUUGGUCUCUCAGAUUUCCUGCCACAGGUCUCUUCCUCGAUCACUUGCUCCUCCACGGGACUAAAUCAUAGUGGUGUCAACUCUGUUCCAUUAAAAAAGCGCGAACGACCAUCUUGCUGUCUGUUAUCGGAGCCUGGGCAUUUUACAGCCGCUUUGGGCCAGGUCACUACUGCCCUCUCAGCUACUGGCCCUCCUACAAAGCAGGCUCGCCUUAUGUCUUCAACUGAAACUGUUGCUGCCACA